AUGGCUGUUCUAAAGGUUAAAAUUCCUGAAGUUCUUAACGUGCAGUACAAAGGUCCAAGAGGAGGGCACUUGAGAAUCACGAAAACCUUGGAGAAAUUGAAGCAAAGGUUUUAUUGGACUGGUAGUCGUCAAUCAGCUAUGGAGAGGAUUGCGAAAUAUGCUGAGUGCAUUGUAGCUAAAGGAUCAAGGUCCAUGAGUCAUGGCCAGAUGAAACAGUACAAUUCGGGUGCGCCAGUUGAGCAAAUAGGCGAGGAUGAAGAUGGUCCGUUUCCUACCAAAAAAUCAGGAAAUAGUAAUGUUUUGGUAGUCAAGGACCAUUUCAACGAAUGACCAGAAG